CCAACACUACAGCGCACUCAAUUUUAAAAACAACAACGGAAAGAUGGACUUUAGUUUACGUGAUGCCUUCACAGAUGGGGCACCUAAGGCAGCCCAGGACAGCCUGAUGAAGAGGGAUUUUGUGGCUGGGUUGGAAGCACAGAGCUUUGAUGAUAAAGUGGGCGAGACUGUUGGGAAGACAGACUAUCGCCCCCUUCUGGAUGGGAUGGAUGGCAAAAGAGAAGGGUCUGGGUUCAUGUCUGCAAGCCAGACUGGAGGUCUACGUCAUGACCCUCAGGGAGAGAUUCGUCCCAGCCCACCUGGGCAGUAUGUCUAUAAGAAUGACUUUCAGUCAGGACCAGCUUCAAUGAUUGGAAUGCCAGUCCAAUUGGGAAAUCAGAAGGAUAACAGCAUGGACUCUUUUCUGGGGUUCUCUCAGCCUGGAAUGAACAUUGGCAUGAAUAUGAAUGUUGGCAUGGCCCCUUUCCAGAGUUCCAAACCCCCCAGCAUGGGUGAACCUCAGAAGACCUCACCCUUGUUUGCCAAUGAACCACUCAAACCAUCGCAGAUAACCACUAAUCCGAGUGAAAUGAGUCCUCGUAACAGCCAGGAAAAUUCUGCAGAAGUUUGGGGAAGCCCUUGGAGAGGUGAGGAAAUGCUCUCUACGGAGCAGUUCCAUGCAUCCAGCAAGGCAGAACAGAGUCACACUGAUGCCUUGGGCUCCCAGAGUCAAGAUGCAGCAUCCGGAGAGGAGAAGUCUAUUGAGGAAGAAAGCGGGAAGCAGCAGAAGCGAAAAAAGAAGAAACGCAAGAACAGGGAAGAAAUGUAUGAUCUUCUGGACAGUCUUGGUUCCCCUGACUCUGAAGAGACACCUUCGGAAAGCUCAAACCAUGGCUGCCCCUCUCCUCCCUGUAACGAUGAAGAGAUUUGGGAGAGUGAGUUCCUAGAGAGAGGGGGAGGACGCAUCAAGGCCAAGAAGAGUAAGAGCAGGAAGAAGCUUCCAGAGGAGUGGAGUGCUCCUCCAACUGUAAUGGAGAUGGACUUUAGUGACCCUAAUUUGGCUGUGUCAAAGCCCCAAUCCAGUGCUAGCAUACAUCAGGAAAGUGCUAUACCCUCACUCACACCUGACCCUCUGCACCUCACAAACACCCAAGCAUGCAGACCCCAACCAACAGGGCAGGCAAACAACUCCUCCUUUUACCUUGACUCUACUUCGAAUCCCGUAGAUGAUUCAUCUCUCAAGAUUAACACGGCUAUGUUGGAUAAAGAUAAUUCACCUAAAGAAGAUAUGAGUAAGCCUAACCUAGGGUUGCCUGGUAUUCACCCUUCUGAUCAGUUACCAUUAAACUCUGCUUACCUAUCUGACCCCAACCAGAAGUCAACCCUCAGUCCAACUCAGUCCGUAAUGUUCCUUGACUCUGUGCUCCAGGCUCAAACCCCAGAUGCAAGCCCCCCAUCCCAGAGUACCCCUGUGAAAACCCCCAUCCCUCACCCCACUUACCCAUUGACCACUUCCUGUCUGGCCCCCAGCCCACUGUCCAUUGGCACAGAAGUCCCUGCGCCUCAUAGUGCACCAGCUUUUAGUCACUCUUCCCCCAGCACUGCAGCAAGCUUAAACCCUGAGGCCACACCUUUCGUCCCAUCACGCACAGAGAAGCAGGAGUCUCCGCUGGCACAGCCCCCCCUACUGGAAGUGAAAGAAGAUAAGACAGCCAGGGACAAAAUGGAGAAGGUGGAACCUGCUCCAAAGAUGGAAAACUUCAACAUUAUUGAAAAGCAAGACAAGCCUGAGAAGAUGGAGAAGAUCGACCACUUAGACAAGAAAGAAGACAUCUCAAAGAAAGCAGACAGCAUGGAGAAGACUCAGAAGAGUGAGCAGAUCAUUAAAGAUGAGAAGAAGGUUGAGAAAGAGGAGAAGCAAGAUAAUAAAGCUGAGAAAGCGGACAAACCUGAGAAGACGAACAAGGAGAAAGAAGAGAAGAAAAAUGGUGGGGAAAAAGUGGACAAGACAGUCAAAGCUGAAAAGAAUGUGACGGCUGCAAAAACACCUGCAAAGUCUCCAACAGCUAACGGAAGCAAGGAGGUGACCAGUCCGGAUAGUAAGACUAAGCCUUCAGCUGGGUCAACCAAACAAAGCUCAGCGAGACCAAACUCUCUGUCCACUGGCGACAGUGCAGGUGCCACCAAACGCACCUCUCCCACCACCAACUCUGCCAAUAAAAAAAGCCCUAUUCCCAAGGCAACUACCCCCACUGCUGGCAGCAAGAAAACCCCCUCGUCUACUGUUGAGAAUAAGGCAAAGUCGUCUGAGACUGGUACAGCAAGCCAGCGUCGCCCUCCAGUGCCAAAGGCUAAAGCUGCUUCUGCUACCAACUCUAAAAAUGGCACAAGCGCCCCAACCACCACCUCUGCCCAACGCUCUUCUGCUACAAAGAAUGAAAGCCAAGCAGGAGAGGCAAAAAAGACAACUACAAAGACAACACCAGUUAAAGCAACUCCAAGGACAACCCGCACACCACCCUCUGCCACCAGCACAGCAGACACCAACGGGACCCCUCGCCCAUCCCGCAUCACCAAACCCCCUGUGCCCAAGCAGACUCCUCUAGAGAGAAAGCCUCCUGUGCCUCGAGCCCCCCGAAACAUCCGGGCCACCAACGCACCGCUACCCGAUCUGAAAAAUGUGCGCUCCAAGAUAGGUUCCACUGAUAACAUGAAGUACCAGCCUGGAGGAGGCAAGGUCUCUGCAGCCCAGGGCAAGACCGAUGCUCUGCCAAAGACCAGCCAGGGCAAAGUUCAGAUCGUCCACAAAAAGCUGGACUUCAGCCAUAUCACCUCUCGAUGUGGCUCCAAGGACAAUAUCAAGCAUGUUCCAGGUGGAGGAAAUGUUCAGAUUUUAAAUAAAAAGGUUGACUUGAGCAAAGUGACCUCAAAAUGUGGAUCCAAGGACAACAUAAAGCACAAGCCAGGUGGUGGUGAUGUGAAGAUUGAAUCCCAUAAGGUUAACGUCAAGGCCAAGGCCAAAGCGGGAUCAAUGGACAAUGUAGGACUUGAACCAGGAGACAACAAUGGAAAGGCUGAGGAGAAUCAGCAGAAAUCUGAAGGAAGUCCGUCUCCCCCUGCCAACUCUCUGCCUGUGCAGGUAGGCAAUGGGGCAAAGGAGAACGGGCUGAAAGAGAGCACUCCAACUCCUGUACCUUCUUUUGGUGAAGGGCCCCGGGACUCCCAGGGCCUCGACAAGCGCAUCCCCGGGACAAAUUGAGUCCUACAAGCUGAAGUUCCGCGAGAAUGCACGAGCUCGCACGGACCACGGCGCUAAAAUCAUCUCCUGGUCCCCCCUGAGUGGCAGCCACCCCCACCCACAUCGCAGCACCUCUCUCAGUGUUUCUCUGGGGUCCGCCAUGUCCUCACACUCCACCCAGCUUGUCCCAUUCACUCGGCCAUGAGAUGGGUGCAAACCAGUACAAUAGCAGGAGAAGGACUCUUAUUUCAACACAGCCUGUCCCUUUAAAACCCAUUAGCUUCUCUUCAAGUUCACAGUUUUGUUUUAUUUCCUUUUCUGGGAGAUGAUGUUCUAGAAAAGCAUAGUUUUCAGCGCUCAUGUUCGACGCAGGGUGUUGAUACGAGUCUAGAUUUGAGAUGAAUUCUCCAUAUGGUUGUCCAGCCACAUAGCUUUUAGUGCCAUCUCUCUUAAAACCGCAAUAUCUAGCCCAACAACACAAGAGUUCAUUUCUAGACUUCCUACAAUCCCAAAAAUAGACCUACAUUUUAGAGGCUACACCCAUCGGUUUGGCAGUAAACGUUCUCCAAUGGGAACCCCAGAACUCACUUGAGAUGUAGCUUAUUACAUCAUAUUAUGGCAGUUAUGCUCCCUGUAUUGUUAGUGUGUGGGGCUGUCUUAAAUCCCAGUCAAAAAGGGACGAACCAGCCGCCAUCCAUUCAUCUGCUCCCUUUGCUCCACUGAUCCUGUCCACCUCACAUGAAUUAUAAACCCUGUCCUUUUUCCGCCAGUAUUUAAAUGAGCACUUAAUCAUUUGAAACCUAUAGGCUGUUCAAACAAUAGCAUAUUUACAUCUUCAAUGAGUUUGCUGUUUCGUGUUUGCGUGAAUUACUGUAACAAUGAGCUGUAUCAUUAUGAUGUCUAACCAUCUGAUUACAUCAUCCACUUUCCAGCAUCUUGUGAACUAAUAGGACACAAAAACACAUUGCAUACAUUAUACAGCAUGAUACAGGAGGAGGGAAAAAGGCAGUGGCACGCAAACUAAACAGAUAGGAUGGAAAGGAAUGAAGAAAGUUGUCCGAAAGUUAGAAGGGAAAUGCGUUCACACUCCGUACACAGCCCAUGAUUAUGUGCUCAAAGGUUCGAACAUCCCUCAUUUUGAAUUGAGUAUUGUAUGUCAGGUGUCAAUGGACCCUUUUCACAUUUCUGGGUUUCUCAGUAGCGGAAGGCGUCAUGGUUGGGUAAACUUAGAGCGCAGUGAAUGGGAGAGUACAACAAAUAAUAUUUUACAAUUCUAUUUCCUGAAAUAAUAAAGGAAAAACUCCACGAUGGUGUUAUCAAGACUUUCAGAAAAAGGAAAUAAAUAGUGUGAGACUGAUAAAAGCAGCCAGAGGCGAGAAUAACAUCAAAUUUACUUACAGCCCUAUAGACGCUGCAUUAGAAUCACCUCACAUAAGUGGUCAUUCAUUUCUUUGUGAUUUGACGCAAAGAUGAUACAAUACAUUCAUAAAUGCAUAUAUAUGUUCAUUCGGUUUUUAAAAACCUUUUAACCUGCACCCCAUUUUUGAGCAUUUUCCAGAAACUUACCCAAAUAAAAAUGUCUGUACCUCUUGAACCCUGUGGUCUAUGUUCACAAGUCUGGUUUGUUUGAAACUAGACAUUGACUAGUUUGGUGCCCAAGGGUCAAAAUAACUCAAAGUAGUAUAGAAACAGAGUAAAACAUGGUAAAAUAUAGGUGAAAGUGAAUUGCAAUUAGUUUCAAUGAAAUUCAUUAGAGGAAAAAUGGAUGUGAUUAUCAGGAUAAUGGCAUGAAAGAUAAAGAUGAAUGUCUGACCAUGUUUUGAUUCCAAUUUCAAUUUCGACACUUCAAAAAUGUAGCUUCUGUAAGCUUUUAUUUUAAAGGACGUCUAGGCGUCCUUUCUAAAAAGCCCUUUGGAAACUCCAAAUGUACACCUGGUAACCAAAUGACCUAAAUAGGCAUGGGACGAAAAUCGUUUUCAAGUUAUAUCGCGGAUUGGAAAAGUCAAGGUUUUAAAACCACCAAAAUUGUAUGCUUUACCGUUCCUAAGGUAUGUGUAAGAUUUUUUAUUUAUAUAUAUUUUAUAUAUAGUUUUUAGGACAACAGUAUCUCCAGCAGAAAAGAUAUCCAAAGAUGCUGUUUUAAAUUGUAAAGGAAUCUGUGUUUACUAUGACGACAGCAGAAGUCAAUGAUUCAUUUUAAUUAUUUAGCCCGACAUGUUUACUGCUCCUAAAUAUUAUAAAUGUUUCUCAAAAUAAAAUAAAUUGUGUUCAAAGGGGGAAAAAAGUUAGUUUUUUACCCAAACAUUUAAAAAUUAUUUAUUUUAGAGCAGUGAUCACAAUACCGUCAAACCAUGAUAUUGUUAUCCAAGGUUAUCGUACCGUCAACAUCUCAUACCGGCCCAUGCCUAGACCAAAUGAGUCAAAAUUACAUAAUGCAUAUAUGCAUAUCUAUUUAAAAUAUUAAAAACUUUCAAGGAUUUAAGAUUAUGAUGAUCGUUAAAUGCCUCUUAACAGGCUUGUGAAAAGGGUCCAUUAAUGGAAGGCUUUAGCUCUAAACAUGAACCAGCAUGUGCAAAGGCUCAUCACAUGAACAGUAAAUGUAUCCAAAAUAAGUAUUGCAAUACAAUCCGUAUCCCUGUUAUUUAUUGAGUGGCAUUUGAUAAACUGUUCUUUAGAAGUUACUGUUUUUAAUCAAACAUAGUAGGAUAUGCUAUUCGGUUUCAUUACGAAGUGAUGUAUUAUUCACAAGGUUGUUGAAUAUCAUAGUUUUAAUCUCUCCAAACCUACUAUUGUUGGGCUGCUUUUUGAAACUGUUAACUAGUGACACUGUUUAUCAGUGAAUUUGUGGGCACUUUAUUGGUAGUAUUAUUACUAUAGAUAUACCUUUAGCUGCACAAUGCCUGCAGAAAAAAAGUAAACAGUUCGCUGUUGUUGGUUAAAAGCUUCUGUUUGUAUACAGGGUUUGAUUCACUUCUUGUUGUGAAAUAUUGACAUUUUCCUGGUAUAUUACUGUGACGUCAUGGUAGAUUAUUGAUGGUGGUAAUGUCAUGUCAUCAAAAAUCCCAUAUCAAACUGAACAAACCAGGAGGUAUUAAAUUAUGCAAGUAUCCUAUGAAAUAAUUCGCAUUCAGAAUGCACUUUAUGAUGGAUGUUUUAUACUACAAAGCGAGCGAUAUGACUGGUUGAGCGCCGUUUCCAAAAUUCUGUCCCCUGACAAAGAGCCCCAGUUACACAGAAAUGUAUCUCAUAGAGCAGUCUGUAAAUACAGUACGAGUGUGAGCAGUGUGUUUCGUGUAGAGCAGCUGUGCUUGGCUAAACGGUUCUGUCUGUAGUUCCUUUUGUGAUUAGCGUGUACUGUUCAGGGGCUGUGCUAGUAAACCUCAGUGUUGUACUCUUGAUACAGUGAUCAUAACCUUUCAUGCCUUCAGCCAGCUCUUUUUUUGUCAUUUCCAUAAUGAAUGAAAACUCACAGAGUUAGAACAUUCACACGUCCCCCGCAUCGGUCCAUUUUAAGCAGUUUUGUAAAUACACGUUUCACACUUUAUACCCUGCCGGGAAAGAAGAAAAAAACACUUCUUGAUUGGGUUGUAUAGAAAAGCAAAGCGAAGAUUUUGCGUCUAUGAAUAUUUCUCCAGACAGUAUUUUAUUCUUAAGUGAGUCUGCCUUUUUUUGAAGUAAAAAAGGGCUGGCAAACAAGAAUGUUUUUAAAAUGUAAUGUAUUCAAGAAGCGAAGAAUAUAUAUUAUGUGUCUAACCUUUUCUCUUUGUCAUCACAGGUCACUUACUAAAUACAAUGUAAUCAAUAACAGGAGGAGUGUGAUUGAUUUUGGACUGUGGACGGAAGGAAAAAAAGCUCAGAGGACUCUUGAGGAUGUCCUUCUGUCUGCAUAAGGCACAGCAUUCUGGUAAUGACUUGAGUAGCCUGAGACAGGACGCAGAAAGUGGGCUGAGAGGUUAUUAGUAGUCAAGCAAAAACCACAGGAACAACGAUUCCUCCCACAAACUGCACCUGACACAUAGACCUUGAAUGUUGUUGUUUGGAUAUCCAUGCCGCACGUCUGUAUGAGACUAACUGUAACUGGUAGGCUAAUUGGCAUGUUUAAAAGUAGAUAGAGCACUCCGAUUAGGCAGCAAAAGAGCCCCCUAGUGUGUCUGGUGGGACUCACAGUGUGUCUACUUCCCAUAGACCACACCAAAAGCGCAUGCUGACAACAGUGGACGACAGACGCCGGUCCUAAAUUGGAAUUACUGUCUCCCCUCCAAUUUAAGAUGUAUUUUUUGGUAUGAAAGAGAUCAUUGUGAUUAAUUGUUAACCAGUGAUGUGGAUAUUUAAUCAUGAAUAAAUAAAGAAAAAAGAACAAGCAAAAA